AUGCGCGCGCUCUUCGCGAGCGCGACGGCGAGCGAGCGCGAGCGAAGCGCGAGCGGCGCGCGAGACGGCGAGCGCGCGCGCGAGGCGACGAGCGCGUGGGUGCGCGAUUUCGACGGCCCGAGCGCGAGCGACGACGCGCGCGCGACGGCGACGACGACGGCGACGACGACGGAACGCGCGCAUCCGCUGGCGCGCGAGUGGGGACGGCGGAUCGCGUCGACGGCGGUGCGGAGAGAGUUUUUGAAUGAAUCCAUCGACGCGUACACGGAGCGACGACCGCUGCGGGUGUUCGCGGGGACGUGGAACACGAAUGGGAAAGCGCCGAGGGCGGACGCGGACGUCAAGGAGUGGGUGCGCAAUCGCGGGAGGUUGGACGAGGGCGAGGGAGGGACGUGGGACGACGACGACGCGGCGGACGUCGUGGCGGUUGGUUUUCAGGAAAUCGUCCCGCUCAACGUUGGCAAGGUGCUCGUGGGAGAGGACAGCGCGAUGACGGAGGCGUGGGAACGCGUGCUGGAUAAGGCGUUGAAUGGCUCGGCGGCGAAUCAGCCGGCGACGAAGCGACGCGGGGUGCUGAGUGAUUACACCGCGGAGUUUGACGCCGACGACGCGACGGAGGCGUCGUUCGCGACGACGUCGGGGCAAGCAACGCCCGAGACGGUGAAAUGGGUAUCCUUCGACGGUGGUGACGAGGAGGAAGAUAUAAGUGACUUUGCGAUUCGUGAGGGUUCGAGUUGGAGGCCGCCAAAGUCGAAACAGGGCGCCGCGAAGUAUAGACCUGUGGCGCAGAAGCAACUCGUCGGCGUGUACAUAACCGUGUGGGUGAAGGCAUCGCUGCUGCCGCAUAUCCAAGACGUACGCGUUGGAACGGUGGCGACUGGGUUUAAUAUUGGCGUCGGUAUACUAGGAAACAAGGGUGCGUGCGCUGUUUGGAUGAAACUUUACAGCACGCCUUUGGUUUUCGUGUGCUCGCACUUGAGCGCGGGCUCGAAACCGGGCGAUGAAAUCAAGCGGAACGAAGAUUAUAGCACAAUUAUGGACCAGCUGAGAUUUUUGCCGCCCGAAGGCGCGGAUGCGUCGGAGUAUUCCGUCGCGGAUGCUGCGAGCUCGAUCUGGAUGGGGGACUUGAACUAUCGAUUGACGUUGUCCGACGACGUCGUGCGCAAGUCAAUCGCCGCGGGAAACUAUUCGAGCCUACUGGCGUCUGAUCAACUGAACAUCGAACGCAGUGCCGGGCGUGCAUUUAGAGGAUGGCACGAAAGCGAAGUCACUUUCGCGCCGACGUACAAGUAUAGACCGGGCACAAACAUUUAUAGCGGAGCGGGCGAUGCGGAUCUGGACGAAGUUGGCGGCUCUCAGAGAAAAGAGGAGGAGAAGAAACGCACUCCAGCCUGGUGCGAUCGAGUGCUGUGGAACGGUGAUUUUGAUAUCAACCUGUUGGAGUAUGGCCGUGCCGAGCUGACGCACUCAGAUCACAAGCCAGUGUACGCCGUAUUUUCGCUAGUGGUU